AUGGCUUCAACUUCAACUGUUUCAAUGGCCUUGCCAUUAACUUAUGCAAGCCAAAAGAGGAUUCCAAGUUCUGAGGCUUUCUUCAAGCCACUCGCAGUGAGGCCAUCUAAGGCUAUGGCGGCAUCAAAAUCCAAUGGUAGAUUUCAAGUCAAUGCUUCGUUGAAGGAGAAGGUGGUCACUGGAUUGACAGCAGGUGCACUCACAGCUUCCAUGCUGAUUCCAGAGGUAGCUGAAGCAGCUGGGUCUGGGGUUUCUCCAUCUCUCAAGAACUUCUUGCUCAGCAUCGUGGCUGGUGGAGUAGUGUUUGGUGCCAUUGUUGGUGCAGUGAUCGGAGUUUCCAAUUUCGACCCAGUUAAGAGGACUUAA